UUCCUAGAACCGGUUGCGGAAAUACAGCGGAAAUGACGCAAUCUUCUAACAAUCUUGAAGCAUGCUUCAAUGGAGGUGACCUCAAAAUCAAAUUGUAGAGUAACGGAACUUGCCUUCGACACCGGGUGUACAUCGACUUAUAUCUGCGUGCUUUAGAUGCUUAACUGAAUCUUACAUUUUAGUAAAUAUUUAUAGUAACGAACAGAGAUGGCAGAAGCACAUCAGGCACGCGUGCAUGCUGUGGUGGAAGAAAUGGUCCAAACCCUGGAGAGGGACCACAUCCGUGUAAUGCAGGGUCGCAUGUUCAGGUGCAGUGCAGACUGCUGUGACCGCUCCACUGACUCCAUGUCUGUGGUGCAUAACUGCAUCGAGAGGUGUCACACUCCUCUGGCCAAAGCCCAGGCACAGGUCACUUCAGAGCUGGAGAAGUUUCAGGACCGUCUGAGCCGAUGCACGAUGCACUGCAAUGAUAAGGCUAAGGAUCUUUACGACUCUGGUGCUAAGGAGCCAGCUGUUAGAUCCCUGAUGGACAGAUGUGUGGGCAGCUGUGUUGACGACCAUGUGAACCUGAUCCCCAGCAUGACCCGAAGAAUCAAAGAUAAUUUAGACUCUAUAGAGCAGUGAGGAGCAAUACGGGUGGCUAUCGUCCAUCCUGAAGUCUCAGCCUGAGGCCAUUACAUCCAAAAACAGCAGCGCAGGGUCAGUCGACCCCGCAGGUUUAACAAGUUACAACCGAAGGAUAAAUGGCUGGAAUACCAUAAAGGGCGGAAAGAAUUACUUUAAAUGGUUCAAAGACACAGGUCUUGAUAGGUGUAAGAGGCUGCAACUGUAGAUGUUGGUGUUGUGAAGUUUUAAAACGGCUCCCUCUGAUAUUUGCGUUUGCACUGUGUUAAACAAACAGUAAUCUCCUAGAAGCUGAAAGAAAUCCAAUGAUGCAUGUGGUGUGUGAACAAAAUAACAUAUCAAACAAGUUAAAUAUAACAGUUUAAGAUAUGGAGUACAUUCAACAAUUGUGUGAUCUGUCCUUUACCUUAAACUUUUGAGCCAUGUUUAAUUCCUAAAAUAUCUCCAGUAUGAGCCCUUUCUCCUUCACUCGUGCUUUUUUUCAUUUUAUUGUCGAGUUCUGUAAUUUUCUGACCCCAUGGUAAAAUGUUUAUGAAUUAAAAAGUACUGUAGAUGUAGCUGUUUAUGACCCACAUUACUUCCAUAAUAACAUGAGCUGAGGUUGAGGCAAUAAUAAAAAACAGUUAUGCUUUCUUA